AAGUUGAAACGAGAUUCAAAGUCAUUUUCUAAUGAGGCUAGGCCAUUCUCUCCCCAGUUUGGACCCUUUUAUCUUCAAGCUCUUUAAAUCUCCCACCAAUCGUCGCUCUUCUUUAUCAAACUAACUUUCUUUCUUUCCUCUUCUCUCUCUCUCUCUCUCUCUCUCUCUCUCUACCAGAAAUCAAACUUCAAGUACUUAAAUUACCCUAGUUGAAAAGGAGAGAAGAAGAAAGAUGGAGGAAGAAGGACAGCAGUUGAGCAGAUGGGAAGGUUAUGUUGAUUGGAGGAACAGACCUGCUCUCAGAGGUCGCCAUGGCGGCAUGCUUGCAGCAUCUUUCGUUUUGGUUGUGGAGAUAUUGGAGAACCUGGCAUACUUGGCAAACGCAAGCAAUUUGGUGCUUUAUUUGUCGCAAUAUAUGCAUUUAUCUCCAUUAAAAUCUGCAAACAAUGUCACGAAUUUCAUGGGAACCUCCUUUCUUUUGGCUCUUCUUGGAGGCUUCUUAUCUGACGCCUUUUUCACUGCUUAUCACAUCUACCUGAUAAGUGCAGUGAUUGAAUUUCUGGGUUUGGUUAUACUCACCGUCCAAGCUCGCUCUUCCUCUCUAAAGCCGCCGUCAUGCGGCCCGUCAAGCGUCAAUAUUACAUGCGAAGAAGUUGGUGGAGGAAAGGCGGCAAUGUUGUUCAUUGGGCUGUAUCUGGUGGCUUUGGGCGUGGGAGGGAUUAAGGGGUCAUUGCCCUCACACGGGGCGGAGCAAUUCGAUGAAGCCACCCCACAAGGAAGGAAGAAAAGAUCAACCUUUUUCAACUACUUUGUGUUUUGUCUCUCCUGUGGUGCUCUCAUUGCUGUCACAUUAGUUGUGUGGAUUGAAGACAAUAAAGGAUGGCAAUGGGGAUUUGGAAUCUCCACCAUCGCAAUUUUCUUGUCAAUCCUUAUCUUCUUUGCUGGUUCAGCAUUUUAUAAGAACAAGAUCCCUUCUGGUAGCCCACUCACCACCAUUUGCAAGGUUUUGAUUGCUGCCUUGAUCAACGCUCGCACAAGCAAAACUCCAAGCAAUGCCAUCGCAAACCUCUGCGCGAGUCCUUCUAAUCCAAGCCACCCAAGCGAAGGGCCUCAAGAAGAAACUAUGAAAGCUAGAGAGUUACCUCAGGCCCCAACGGAGGCCCUCAAAUUCUUAAACAGAUCGCUGGUAAGCAAGCCAGUCCAUACAGCACUAGAAUGCACAGUCCAGGAAGUAGAAGAAGUCAAAAUUGUGAUAAAAGUCCUCCCUAUAUUUGCCUGCACCAUUAUACUCAACUGCUGCCUGGCUCAACUAUCCACAUUUUCAGUCGAACAAGCUGCUACCAUGAACACUAAGAUUGGUUCCUUAAAAGUCCCACCAGCUUCCCUUCCAGUUUUUCCUGUAAUCUUCAUCAUGAUCCUUGCGCCAAUUUAUGAUCAUUUCAUCAUCCCAUUUGCCAGGAAAGUAACCAAAUCUGAAAUGGGAAUUACUCAUCUGCAAAGAAUUGGAAUCGGUUUGGUUCUUUCCAUUGUAUCCAUGGCAGUGGCAGCUCUUGUUGAGAUUAAGCGAAAGAGAGUCGCAACAAACUCGGGACUCGACUCAACCAGUCCAUUGCCAAUCACAUUCUUGUGGAUUGCUUUUCAAUAUUUGUUCCUGGGGUCAGCUGAUCUUUUCACCUUAGCCGGGCUGCUAGAAUUUUUCUUCACGGAGGCGCCAGCAAGCAUGAGAUCUUUGGCAACAUCGCUGUCCUGGGCCUCUUUGGCCGUGGGAUAUUACUUAAGCUCAGUGAUUGUGUCAAUAGUUAACAAAGUCACUGGCAAUUCUGGACACCAACCGUGGCUCUCUGGUGGCAGCAUAAAUGAGUAUCACCUUGACAGAUUCUACUGGCUGAUGUGUGUGCUCAGUGGAUUAAAUUUCUUGCACUACCUUUUCUGGGCCAUCGGCUACAAAUAUAGAUCGACAAGAGCAAAUCAGUAAAACUAUUAUGGGAGAUAAUAGAAAUUAAAAUGGUUCUUUCCUGCUAAACCAUUGCUGAUAUACGAGUUAGAAUUUCAAAUUUUGAAUUUGAAAAAUUGUUGAUCAAGAGAGCACAUCUUUAAGAUAUCAAAAUUUUGUUUGUCUCCAAUAAGAAGUUACGUAGAUGAAUGGUUAAUGGGUUGGUUUUACCAUGAAUAUUCAUGGUGCCAGAAACUUUACUCUGCGGUUGCAUAUGUGGCUACUUGCCAAUACAGAGGAGAGUAGGGAGCUUCUCUUGUAACUGGUUCUGAUUCUCUUGUUAUUACGGUUGGAUGAGUAAUUGGGUAUAAUGCCGCUUUGACAAAUAAAAAAAAUUAUAUGUUUCUA